CCCCCGCGGUUCGGCGGUGCUGGCGGGCACCGGGGCUGCGGUGGGGCAUCCCCGGCUGUGCUGCCCCGGUACCGGCUCCGCCCCAGCGCCGGGACUCCCCGGGAUCGCUACCGUUCCUCCCUUCUGCCCUUCCCACCGGUACCGGGCGCAUUCCCGGUGCCUCCUUCUCCCCCUCCCUUCCGUGCUCGCAGGGCCCCUCCCGGUCCCUCCCUCGGUGCCCGGCGCUGGGUGAAUCCCCCUCUCCCCCCGUCCCGGGGUCCCUCCCGGUUCUUCCUUCAUCCCCCUCCUCCUCCUCCGGUCCUGGCAUCGCUCCCGGUCCCUCUCUGCGUGCCCGGCGCCCCGGGCCUCCUCCCCUGCCCGCACCAUGCCGGACCGGGACAGUUACCCCGCCAGCACCGGCACCGGCCCCGGUGGCGUCAGCAGCGGCGACGAAUCCUCGUCCGCCCUCCCCGACGACGACAUCUGCCGCGACUUUUUGCGCAAUGUCUGCAAGCGCGGCAAGCGCUGCCGCUUCCGGCACCCCGACAUCUCCGAGGUCACCAACCUGGGCGUGCGCAAGAACGAGUUCAUCUUCUGCCACGACUUCCAGAACAAGGAGUGCGUGCGCCUCAACUGCCGCUUCAUCCACGGCACCAAGGAGGACGAGGAUUGCUACAAGAAAACCGGCGAGCUGCCGCCGCGCCUCAGGCAGAAAGUGGCCGCGGGCUUGGGUUUGUCGCCGGCGGAUUUGCCCAACAGCAAAGAGGAGGUGCCCAUCUGCAGGGAUUUCCUCAAGGGGGACUGCCAGCGCGGUGCUAAGUGUAAAUUCCAGCACUUACAGCGGGAUUACGAGUACGAGGCGCGGGGCAGAGAGCAAGGACGGCGUUACGAGCCCUUUGAUGGCCUCUACGAGCCCGACGAGCCGGUGCUGAAACGGCGGCGAGCCGAGGGGCUCUACGAGAGCUACGAGUACGGCUUCGCCAGCCCGCGGGCCGUGGAGUACCGGCUGCUGGAGGAGGAGAACGUGCUGCUCAGGAAACGCGUGGAGGACCUCAAGAAGCAGGUCAACAACCUGCUGGCCACCAACGAGGUGCUGCUGGAGCAGAACGCCCAAUUCCGCAACCAGGCCAAGGUGAUGACGCUGAGCUCCACGGCCACGGCCACCGAGCAGCCGCUGGCGCCCACGGUGACCAACUACAACCACAGCAUCGCCCAGACUCACACCACGCUCAGCAGCCAGGCCCUGCAGCCCCGCCCGGUCACCCAGCAGGAUUUGGUGGCGCCGGCGGGCGCUCAGGCCGCCCCUCCCGCUAACGGGGCGCCGCCCAUGAACCCCGAGAUCGCGCCGCUGUCGGCGGCGGCGGCGCUGGCGCAGACCAUCGCGCAGGGCAUGGCGCCGCCGCCCGUCUCCAUGGCGCCCGUGGCCGUGUCGGUGGCGCCGGUGGCCGUGUCCAUGGCGCAGCCGCUCGGGGGCAUCACCAUGAGCCACGCCACCACGCCCAUGGUCACCUACCCCAUCGCCUCGCAGAGCAUGAGGAUAACGGCCAUGCCACACUGACCCCCCCCUUCCCGGUACCGGGGAGCAGGGGGGGCUCGCGGUGGACGCAGGGGGUGGCGGGAUGAGGACGGACGGACACACGGACACGGUGGGAUGUGCCACCCCCACUCAUCCCGGUGCGACCCCCGGAGCGCCGUGGGCGGACUGAGCACCGGGAGUGGUGGUACCGGGUGGUACCUGUAAUGUUUUCGGCUAUUAAACGGAAAAAGGCCAAAA